CCAGGGGGCAGCAGCACACACUGCAGAGUGAGUCUCCUCCUCCAGGGGGCAGCAGCACACACUGCAGAGUGAGUCUCCUCCUCCAGGGGGCAGCAGCACACACUGCAGAGUGAGUCUCCUCCUCCAGGGGGCAGCAGUGUAUAUUUUGAGCAGAAACGCUGCAGAAACAGAAGAAGAAGAAGAAGAAGCAGCAGCCUACUACACGGACCGAGCUGUGUUGGGACCUUCACCUGUAAAACACACCGUUACCUGCAGUCAGACCGUACCUGGGUGAAACCUGUUCAGUCUUUGGAUCUCCGCUCUCUUCCGUACCACCACUCCGGGACCUCGGCGUACUCCUGCCGCAGGAGAUGUUCCGCGGCCGGGCUCCAUUCAGAGGUGGCUACCCGCCGCCAUUUGAAGGCCGAGGUCCGCCUCCUCCGAGGCCUCAUCCAGCACCACCGUACCGGGACGACCGGAGCCGGCCCAGGCCGCCUUACCACCACGACUACCGGGACCACGGGCUGGCGGACCCUUACCGUCGCUCCCCGCCGCGCAGGCCUUACCCUCCCCCCGGCCCUGGACCGGCCGGUCAUCGCGGCGGAGAGGCCUGGACCGGAGGUCCUCCUGUGGAGGGACUAUUCUCCCAGAACUGAAUACGAGCAAAAGUGGAGAGGGGCUCGUAGUCCAGAAAGGAGUCGGGCUAAGAGCCGGGGACGAAGCAGGAGUCCGAGUCCUGACCGGAGUCGAGCCAAGAGCAGGGGACGGAGCAAGAGCCGACCCCGAGGCCAGAGCCGGAGCCCAGAUCGCAGUCGGGCUAAGAGUCGGGGGCGGAGCAAGAGCCGUCAUCGCAGUAGAUCUAAAUCCAAGUCCAGAUCUAGAUCCCGGGGGAGGAGCAGAGGAAGGAGUCGUGGGCGGGGCCAGCAUCGCAGUAAGAGCCGCAGCUGCAGUUCUAGCAGCAGCUCGCACCCCAACUCGCCCUUCAGUGGUAAAUUCUUUAAAGAACUGGAGGUUGCCCGACGUAGGAAGGAGCUGGAGGAACUUCUGACCCAACCUACCAAAUCCAUUCUGAAGAAACGCAACAGUUAUGAUGACUCACCAUCCGUAAAGAGCUCUGACUCACCUCGGGAUGCGCACAGCUCCACCAUGUCUCACAUGGCUGACCAGCUCCUGCAGGCUGUUAGGAGCACCGACCCACAUGCUGUGGCCUCCAUGCUGUCAGAACUCCAGUCCGACGUGCACAUGGCUCAGCGUCCCGGCCUCAGUGCAGAGAUCAAAGAAAUCCUGGCCUUGCUUGGGGGGGUGCCACCUGCGGGUGGGUCUCAGCAGAAAGCUCAAGAAGAGAUUGAUGAUGAGGAGAAGUUUUUGUACGGUGAUUUAGAAGAAGCUAACCCUCAACCAGAGCCUGUUCGACACCACAGCCUGGACUUGUAUGGGGAUGUAACAGAGGAUUCGUUGUAUUCAGAGCCCCCAGCACAGAGAGCUGCCAUUCCUCAGAUCUAUGACUGUCCCCCACCUGUUAAACCAUAUAUUCAGGUCACACCUACUGUGAGUGAGGUGGACAGGUUCAUGAGCCGACCCACAACCAGCUCCAACCAGAACAUUACAGUCCAGACAUCAAAACCCAUUCUUCCAUCAGGAACAGAGCCAUUGUCGGAGAAUGAACUCCAGGCAAAGGAGGAGUAUGACAAAAUCCAGGACCUUCUAAAGACCAUCGGUCUGGACCUGGGAGUGACUGAAAUUAGCAAGAUGGCCGCCAGGACCAAAGAGCGCCUCCAGGGAACCAAGCAGCCUCCAAAGACUCCAACACGCCGGCACCGAUACUCCUCUGGCAGCUCAGACAGCAGUGGGCAUUCUUGGGGUCGCAAGAGGAAAAGCCACAGCAGCAGUUCAAGCAGCAGCAGGAGUCGCAGCCGUGAGCAGGGUGGCAAGAUGGGGGACAGAUGGAGCAGUGACAAUGAUGAGCACAACAAGAAUAUAGCCCCACCCAAAACCCCCAAAGAACCUGACGCAAAGAAAGCAACAAGCAACUGGGAUGAUGUGCCACCGCUGCAGCCUCAGACCACCGACCCUGCAGCCAUCACACCUCACACUGGGAUGCCAAUCCCCACCUACCCCCCCACACAGGUCCACAGCAUGAUGCCCCCUACCUACCCCCCUCCGGGGUACAGCCAGUACGGCAACUACAUGCCCUACAUGCAUCAGCAGUGGCCUCCCAUGUACCUACCCCCUAGCAUGGCCCCACCUCCUCAGAGCACUGUCAGUGACUUUCCUCCAACUCAACCUUACAGUCAAGCCUGUGAAAAGCCAGCCCCUGAAGCUGGGGUCAAAGGUAUGGCUACAAGUGUUUCUCAAGACAAAGAGCAACAACAGAGCAAGGAAAGAAGAGUUUCUGAAGAGGAGAACAACGAGAGCGAGAAACAAAAGGUUCUGGAGGAGCGGGAGAGUAUGAAGAAGGAGCGGGAGGUCAGGAUGAAGAAGAAAGAGUAUCUGAUGAAAGAGCUGGAGCGACUCAGGAAGCAACAGGGUGAGCUGAUGAGGAAGAAGCGCCGGGAGAAAGAUGGCCACAAAGACCCCCUGCUCCAAGAGAUUGGCCGUCUGCAGGAGGAGGUCAUGACUCAGAUCUCAAGCCUUCGCAAGGAGCACGAGGCUGCUGAGAAAAAACGCAGCGAAAUUGAGAAGGUGGCGCUCAUACUCGGUCUUAAGUCAUCAGAUAUGCCCAGCCGAACCAGCAAGCAACCCAAAGUUCAGGAGGUUGAGCCACAUCAAGCAAAGAAGAAAGAAGACUUGGAGAGAAACCCAGAGGGGCAGGAACCGUCCAGCAGCUCAGCAGUAAAGCCAACCCCACCUGCUCAGACCAAGGCACUUCCAGACAAAACACCCGCCGCUGCUCCAGCACAGGCUCCACCUCCUGACCCUUUUGAGUACUAUGAUGCUGGGAACCACUGGUGUAAAAACUGUAAUGUUACCUCUGGUUCCAUGUUUGAUUUUUUCACGCACUUGCACAGCAAAGCUCAUCGAAAGACUCUGGACCCGUACCACCGGCCCUGGGCUUCAAGUCUCACUAAAAUCUCCAAGAACACAAUGGAAGCAGAGAAGCAAACUAAACCUGCCAAAGGUUCAGAGUUCCUGGUUCCUGUCAAAGGGUUCUAUUGCCUGCUUUGCAAAGAGUUUUAUGGAGAUGCCAUCUGUGCUGAAGAACACGUCAUCACGCAUGUUCAUAAUGAGAAUUACAAGAACCAAAUGUAUGAGAAUCCACUGUAUGAGCAGAGAAGGAACUUGGAUCGCCAGGCCGGCUUAUCUUUAGAGACGAGUGGAAAGAAACGUAAACAUGAUGAUGACGACAAAAGUAGCAAAGAAAAAGAAGAAAAGAUCAAACCUAAAAAGGAGAAAAAAGAUAAAGAAAAAAUUGAAGAGGAUUCUGCUCUGCACAAGGAAGAAAAAUUGAAGGUUAAAAAUGAAGAAGAGGUAAAUAAGUCAAAGCUGUGCAGGAAAGACGAUUUUAAAAAGAGCCAGGAACAGGAGAGGUAUUCUUACAGCAAGAAAGAUGAGGAUGACAAGUAUAAACACAGUAAAAGAGAUGACAAAUACCGCUACAGCAGAGACAAUGAGGACCGGAACAUUCGGUACAAGAACAGCAACCGAGAUGAAGAGCAUCGGUACCGUUAUCGCAAAGAUGAGGACCGAUACAAUGAGCCUCCAAAGUACAGCCCCCGAGACAAUGAAGACAAAUAUAAGCAUGAAAAAUAUUCAGACAAUAGAUCUAAAUACAGCAAGGAGCACGAUGAACGAAAAACUCAGGCUGAAAUGGGGACAGACAAACCUUCAGGAAAUUCAGGAAAACCGGACCACAGCAACUCUGAACCUCCUGAACUAAAACCAAAUGAGCCGCCAAAAAUUUUCUGUGGACCCAGUCCAGCCAUGAGAGCUAAGCUCCGCAAACAGAGCUUGGAAGCUGGUAAAGCACCAGCUGCAACCACUUCUUUUGGAAAGUUCACAUGGAAGAAGAAGGAGAACCAGCUGGCAAAGGAGGCACAGAAAAUAGCAGCAGAUUUCCUUAAAGAAGAAGAAGAAAUGGAUACAAAAGAGCAGGAAUCCACCGCCGAGGAUUCAUUUGCAAAGUGUUUGGCUGUUGCACAAGAGAUUUCAAGUAAGCUGGCAGGUGAACCACUCAUGCCUCCAUCUUGGUAUAAGAGUGGUCGAGGAAAGAUUCGCCCAGACCUCCGUGCACCUACUAAUCAGGUGAGGAGAGCAGCCAUGGCUGGAAAACCUGCGUCACUUAAUACAUUCCUUAAUUUGAGAUCCCCAAACACCAGUAUAGUAGGAGCUGCACCUGGUCCCCUUGUCAGGCCACCACUUAUCCAGACAAACCUGUUCCCUUCAGUCCACAUUGCACCAGGAGUAACUAAAUCAGAACUAUUUGGUCCUAAACUUCCUCCAUCAAUGUCAAAACCUGAAUUGUCUAAGGUUAAUACUACACAUGGAGAACCUAAACUUGAUUCAACUGAGUCAAAAGCUUUAUCAUCCAAAGCUAAACAAAAUCUGCAAGUUUCUAAACCUGCUAUAGAGUCUAGACCUUCUCCAGUUGAGUCUAAACCAGUCCUAGCUGAGUCCAAACCUCCUCCAGUCGAGUCCAGACCUCCUUCAGUCGAGUCCAGACCUCCUCCAGUCGAGUCCAGACCUCCUUCAGUCGAGUCCAGACCUCCUCCAGUCGAGUCCAGACCUCCUCCAGUCGAGUCCAAACCUCCUCCAGUCGAGUCCAGACCUCCUCCAGUCGAGUCCAGACCUCCUCCAGUCGACUUCAGACCUCCUCCAGUCGACUUCAGACCUCCUCCAGUCGACUUCAGACCUCCUCCAGUCGACUUCAGACCUCCUCCAGUCGAGUCCAGACCUCCUCCAGUCGACUUCAGACCUCCUCCAGUCGGGUUCAGACCUCCUCCAGUCGGGUUCAGACCUCCUCCAGUCGGGUUCAGACCUCCUCCUGUCGACUUCAGACCUCCUCCAGUCGAGUCCAGACCUCCACCAGUCGACUUCAGACCUCCACCAGUCGACUUCAGACCUCCACCAGUCGACUUCAGACCUCCACCAGUCGACUUCAGACCUCCACCAGUCGAGUCUAAACUUCCGCCCAUUCUGGUUAAUUCUGCUCCAACAGUUUUGUCUCCAAUCCAGUCAAAGGCAACUUCUGAAACUAAACCUGUUCCAGUAGAAGGGAACCCAGAGUCCUGUCAGGAUGCUUUGUCUAAGUAUCCACCUGCAGAACCAGCAAUGAUCAAGAUUGUUUCUGAUGUGGCAGCUCCUGGUGUCCCAGAAAGUGAACAAACCUGCACUGUGUUUGUCAAACCACCACCUUUCAUAAACAAACCAUUGGGACCACCCAAACCUGAUAUAGUGAAGAACAACCUGGCUGCAGCCAAAGCCCAGGACUUAAUUGGUAUCUUUUACAGUAGUAGUAGUAGUAGUCAGCAAGGCCUCUCCUCCCUCCCCAGACCAGAAACAUGCAACAAAAGUAUUUUUCUAGUUUCAGAAGCACCUCAGCCACAACCACAGCCCGGUUUUCAGGCCCAACCUCAGUCCAAAAUUGAAAUCCAACCUCAAGAUAAACCACAAUCCCAAACUCAAGAUCAACCUCUAAGUAAACCCCAGAAUGAAUCAAAACCUCAAACAGAACUUCAAAAUCAAUCUAUUUCCUUCACCCAAACCCAAAUUCUGACUGAGGUCCAAACAUCUCCAGAAACAGACUUAAAAAUCUGUCCUCCAGAUCAGCAAAUUCAAACUGAAUCAGAUAUUCAGAUCACCUCUGUUUGGUCCCUUCAGCCCACCACAGCUCAAAUGACUCAGGUGCUGCCAACGAUCCAACCCAAACCAUCUCUAGGAGACUGUGAUCAGAGUUCAUCUGUAAACCAGGCUCCCAAUCAGGAACCAAUACCUGAAUCUCAGCCCAAACCAGCUCCUCAUUUCCAAGCAGAAGCUCAACCUGAAUCUCAGCCCAAACCAGCUCCUGAUUUCCAAGCAGAGGCUCAACCUGAAUCCCUCCCCCAACCAGCUCCUCAUUUCCAAGCAGAGGCUCAACCUGAAUCCCUCCCCCAACCAGCUCCUCAUUUCCAAGCAGAGGCUCAACCUGAAUCCCUGCCCCAUCCAGAAACAGCUCUAUCACCACAGUCUAAACUCAAACCAGGCCCCAAAACCAGAGGCAAGUCAACACCAACAAGAAAGACCCCUCCUGCUUCUGCACCCACUCGACAAACCCGGUCUCAGACCAGAUAUCAGACCAGACAGCAGCAGCAGAGCCAGACAGAUCUGGAACCGGCAUUAGGAGACCAUGACUCCACAACUUCAGACUCUAAAGGUUUCGAUGUUUCUGAUCCAGAAUCCCAUUCAAAGACUGAGACGACCAAUAAAAUGGAUGCCGCAGCAAUGGAAACCACCCCAGAAACCCUGGGCCUUCCCUCAGACAUGACCACCCAGAUCUUUGAGUAUGAUUUUAACUUUGAGUAAUAGGUUAGAGAAGUGCAUGAAUGGGAGCUUAGGCUAGCUGGUUUUUGUAUCAGUUUAUUAAGGUUCCAUAAAAACUUCAGGAAUACUGACCCUCAGAGAUCCAGAGGAGCCCCUUGCAUAUUCAAAAAGUUAGUUUGAUUAUUUUUUUAAUAAUUUUCUUCUUCCUCCAGAUAGGGAGCAGGGAUGCUUGUUUGAUCUGCUUCUGAUUGCCCAAACUAAACCACACUGGCUUUGAAACACGAUGCCAUACUGUUCCCUUGCCAUCUCUAUAGUAGUUUGAUAUUUUUAGACACUCUGGUUUGGUUCUGGAGAGAACCAAAUUGUUCAAAGAUGUUCCUGUUUUUCACUUACGCUUUAUUUCUCUGCUGGAUUUAGUUCCUGCUCACUGAUCCUUUUUUUUUCUAAAGUUAGUCAAGUUUCUGUAAAUCUUCAGUAUCAAACUGUUUAUGUUCUUGUUUGAAACGAGUCUGUCAAAAAAAAAUUUAUGCUCAUUCUGUAAUAUUUGUUUCAUUGGUGUUUUUAAAUAAAAGGUGUAGAUGAGA